AUGCUUAUGGCUACGCGACCUGCUGCAGAUGCAGAGAAGGUCUACGACUCCGAUAAUGCUGCCUCUGACAGUCUCAAUCUCUAUAGAGGUGCAAUAACAAAACUUGUCUCUGCACUACUGGCAACUGAUGCAGCAUCAAAUCUUUCGUCACAGAUAAACGAUCAAACAGUGGAUCUGGACCUGGCAUCCUUAUAUACGCAACUCCGGAAAGGGAAGGGAAGCUUCAACUACAGUCCCUAUCGAGCCCUGGUACGCCUAGUGGUUCAAAAGGCUCCUUGGAGAUCGACGUUGUCCUCCCGGCGCGGUAACGAGCAAACUCGCAAGCUGGUGGAAGAGAGGAUCUUUGGCGAGAUCAAGUCAUGCACACACAAAGAUGUUGGGGGAUUUGAUGCGAAGUAUUUCCGAAAUACAAGUUGGGAAGAGAAGUUCAUCGAUAUCUAUAAGAAGAUACGGAAGCAAGACGAUACUGGACUAUCGGAUUUCCCCGAUCCGCCAAUUCAAGAUGAUGUUCUAGAUUGGUGGUUCCGAUUACAGGACACCUUCUUGAUGGAAACCCGUGGGAUAUAUUACUCUACUGAAGGCAAAAAGAGCAUCAAAGACUCUGAUGCUGACCGCCAGGUAGACGUGCUGAUGAGGGUGCGAACUGGUGAGAACGCUGUGCCAACACAUAGCUGGAAGGAUAUACGCGUUGUCGGCGAACUUAAGCAGUCAAACUACGACAAGAAAGGAACGCUCCUUCAGAUAGAGCGCUCUGACUCCUUUGAUAUCUGUGACGAGCCCGAACGGUUCUUCUGUGCAAUUAUCGGAUACACGCUGAUGAGCGAUGAUGAGCUGGGUCUAGAUACAUUCACCACGCUACACAACGACGGGACGCGAACUGUCUCCGUCGAGGAUCUUGACACUGGUGAGAAGGAGCCGCUGCGACUAGAAUCGAUGCCCUUAUCAGUUCAGCUGGCGGUGGUCUGCCGCGGAACGUGCUGCUAUCGAACCAAAAAAUAUGCUGCUUCUAAGUCACAGGAUGCUGUCAAAUUCUCCUGGACUUCUGCCCGACGACAACCCGAGGUGAAUCUUCUUCGAUUAGCGCGUCAACGCGAGGUAGAGGGUGUGGCCAGGGUGAUCAGAUACAGAUCCAUCACAAGCAUUGCAGAAUUGCGCGAAGGCCUUGAAUAUUUAAGAAACACCACCAAGCACGUCGUCCUCUUCCCAACUUCAGCCACAGCUCCAGCGGUCCAAAUCGUCCACGAAGCUCCAGGGCUUAAGCAUCGCCAAAGGUUCAUCUUCAGGCUCAGGCUCCUCGAGGAAGAGAAAGCACUCUACUCAAUCUGCAGCCAAAUCUCUCAAACGUUCAAGGUCGAGCAACCUUCGCAGUCUCUGUGGAGGAGACUCAGAAAGCCAGUCUUUACUCCACAUGGAGAUGGCCCCUUCGAAAAUCGAGUCCUGCGCUGCUUGGUGAUAUCCCCGGCCGGCAAAGCAAUCCAUCAGUUUGAUUCUCUCGAAGAAUUGCUCCUAGCACUCCGUGAUGCGAUCAAAGCGCAUCAUUCUCUGUACAUCAAGGAGAAAAUCUUACACAGAGAUAUAUCAGAGAAUAACAUCAUCAUCACCGAUCCUAGUAUCACCAAUGGCUACUCAGGCAUGCUGAUUGACCUUGAUCUCGCGAAGGAGCUCGAUAGUGGGAGAACUGGUGCUCGCCACCAAACAGGCACGAUGGAGUUCAUGGCGAUCGAAGUGCUACGUAAUAUCGAUCAUACCUAUCGCCACGAUCUUGAAUCGUUUUUCUAUGUGCUCAUCUGGCAGUGUGCCCGAAGUAGCUGGAAGCGCUUAGGCUCCCUGAAAGACAUGCCGAAGGAGAGCCUGCUAAGAAAAUGGUAUACAGGGAGCUUCGAGGAUAUUGCUAAUGCAAAGGCCGGCCGUAUGGGUGCUAAAGGUUUCGAGUAUUUGCUGUUGGAAUUUCCACCUGAAUUGGAGGAUGUGAAGCCGCUCUGCAGAGAGCUGCGGCAGAUAUUAUUUCGAUUUCAUCAAGGUGAUAUUCUCACCGGAACGCCGGUCAGGUCGGAAACGCUAUAUGAUCCAAUUAUCAACGCGUUCAACGAGGCAAUCCAAGACUUAGAAUAA